AGAAUUUACGAAAAUCUUUGUUUUGUUCAUUUGAUUUAUAUUUUUCCCGACUUUUCUGUUUAUUGUAUCGAUACAUAGUCUUUGAAUUAGUUUUAAAGUGAAGUUAAUUUCUUAUGUAUAAGCAUCAAGCCAAAAAAGUGUACAUCGAUAGAAAGAUAGAGAGAGAAGAGAAAACUUAUCAAAGUGAACCGUGACCUUUGCACAUAUUGUUCCAGUGUUAUCGAAAUACAGUUUAGGUGGUUAAAAGAGACUAAAAUUACCUAACUUAAAAUGGCAUUAAAUAAAUUAAUCGGCGGGGACUGUGGAGGUAACAAUUCCCUUGUGCAACUCUCGAAUAUCAUAAAUAGAGAUGCCUCACAACAGCUAUCACAAUCGGACAGACUCGUUGCCGAGUUUCUAAACCAAACCUCUCAUGGGCCUGAAACUUUUAAUAUGAAAGCACUUCUUAACAAUGUACCUGAUGUGGAGAAAACAAAAUCAUAUGGUUCUACCCAGUUGCCAAUGGCACAGCAAACGAGUAUGAUUCCUCAAAGUUCCAUGAUGGCAGCUGGGCCAUCUUCAUCCUUCAUGCCCAUGCCCAGUAUGAUGAGGCCAAUGCCUAUGUCACAUGGUCCCAUGUUCAGACCACAAACAUCAUCUAAUGUGCAAAUUCAGUACAUUGAUGAAGCAGAGCUUCAGACAUCAGCAGAUGUAAAACAAAAAGCUCAAGAAUAUGUUAACAGUGUCAAAGAAGACGAUGAAGUAGCUUACAACCAGUUCAUGUCGUUCAUGAAAAAAAUUAGUGCUGGAGAAUUAAAUUUAAGUGAACCUGAAAGUGAACAAAGAAAAUUAAACAAUGAGAAGUUUGUGGAGGAAAUGACAGAGAAAUAUAAAGAUGAAUGGGCCAAGCUGAGCAACGUUGAUGACUAUUGGAGUUCUGAAGCUGCUAAUGGCAUAGCCGAGGAAUACGCUUUUGCUGAAGGAAAUGUCAUGUUAGAAAAUAAAAGUGCAUUAGAAUUAGGAAAGGAGAAAUUGAAAAUGGGAGAUAUUCCUGGAGCAGUUCUAUGUUUUGAAGCUGCCGCACAGCAGCAACCAGAUUCAGCUGAAGCUUGGUUUUUAUUGGGGACAACACAAGCUGAAAAUGAACAGGACCCAAUGGCAAUUACAGCACUUAAAAAAUCUCUGGAACUUGAUCCUAGGCAGUUGGAAGCUUACAUUACACUAGCUGCUGCAUAUACAAAUGAGAAUAUGCCUAAAUAUGCAUACACAACACUAGCUAAUUGGUUGAAAGCUAGUCCAAAAUACAGUGAUACCUUUCCAAAUGACGUCGACAUAAAGACUAUGCCCCUCAAGGAAUUAGAAACCUAUGUAACUUCACUCUAUCUUAAAGCAGUCCAGUUGAAUCCAACUCAGAUAGAUCCAGACAUACAAAACGCUUUAGGAGUCAUAUUCAACAUAAACUCAGAAUAUGACAAAGCUGUAGAUUGCUUCAAGACGGCAUUAAUGGUUUCCUCGGACAAUGCAAAAUUAUGGAACAGACUGGGUGCUACUUUAGCCAAUAGUGACAGGUCAGAGGAAGCAGUGGAUGCUUAUCAUCAGGCUCUGAAUUUGGAACCAGGUUUCAUAAGAGCUAGAUAUAAUGUGGGUAUAACAUGUAUGAACUUGGGAGCUCAUAAGCAGGCUGCAGAACAUUUUCUGGUUGCUCUGAACCAGCAAACUAAAGCCAGUACCUUAAAUCCAAACACAGCUAACAAAGACAACAGCUCAUCCACAAUAUGGACAACCCUAAGAAUGGUCUGUUCAUUUAUGGGAGAACAUGAUGUUGCUAAAUUAGUUGAUGAAAGAAAUCUUACAGAACUAAACAGGUUUUUUGAAAUGGAUGUUUAAUACUUCCAUACAUUCCAACAUUACUCAAUGAGUGUAAAAUAUAUUUGUGACAUGCUGAAAUAACUUCUUAGCAAGACAAAAACAUUUAUUUAACUUAUAUGUAUACUAGAAAAAAUAUAGGUUCUUACUUGAUUAGCUU